AUGGCCAAGACCACGAUGUCGUCCUCUGACGAGAAGUUGCCUCCGGAUCAGAUCGAGGAUAAAUCCAGGGGAGAGGAAGAGUCUGCCGGAAUGUUCUCAGCCAAAGAAGCCGCUGCCAUUAGGCGUCGGAUAGACUUCAGACUCAUCCCAGCGCUGGGUUUGAUGUACGGCAUCUCCCUCAUGGACCGGAAGAACGUCUCCAACGCCGCCAUCGCGGGCAUGCGAAAGGAUCUCGAUUUGCUACAGGGGUACCGGUACAGCUUGAUCACUCUCACCUUCUUCAUCACAUACGUCAUUUUUCAGCCUCCGAUGACAGUCCUGUGCCGCAAAAUUGGCCCCCGCCUCUUUUUGCCGGGCAUCUGUUUGUUAUGGGGGAUUGUGAUUAUCUGUUUUGGGUUUGCCAAUAAUUGGACCACGAUGGUGGCUUUGAGACUCAUACUUGGAAUUCUCGAGGCGGGAUACUUUCCAGGAACGAUUUACCUCCUAUCAACAUGGUAUUUGAAGUUUGAGGUGGCACGGCGGUAUUCGGUCUUCUAUCUGAUUGGGAGUUUUGCAAGUGCACUCUCUGGAAUUCUCGCAUACGGGCUCAUGCAGAUGGAAGGUGUACAAGGAAUCCGGGGCUGGCGCUGGAUUUUUAUCAUGGAGGGUGUGAUUACUGUCGCUAUCGCCCUUGUCGGGUACCUAUUUAUUGUUCGCUUCCCAGAUGCAGAACAAAAGAAGCCGUCGUUCCGCUUCCUGAAGCCAGAAGAAUGCCAAUUCAUUGUCGAGCGUUUGGACAGAGAGCGGGGCGACGUUGAGCCUGAAAAGUUCAACUUGGUCAAAUUCUUGAAACCCGCUGGCGACAUCGAAAUUUGGGGAUUCGCCUUUAUGUUCUUCUGUAUUACGACUGUCACCUAUUCAUUUUCGUUUUUCCUCCCGAUCAUCCUCAAAGAUAACCUAGGAUUUUCCAUGGCUGCCUCUCAAUGUCUGAUUGCACCACCAUACGCAUUUUCCGCAAUUUUAAUGUUUACAACAGCAUGGUUCGCGGACCGCCUUAGACUCCGAGCGCCUUUCAUUGUAUUCAAUAGUGUGCUCUCGCUGAUCGGCUUGCCGAUCAUGGGAUUCCAUUAUAACCCCUCUGUGAGAUACUUUGGUGUUUUCAUUGGUGUUGCAGGUGCCAAUGCCAAUGUUCCGCUUGUGAUGGCAUACCAGGCCAACAAUAUCAGAGGACAAUGGAAGCGCGCGUUCUGCUCAGCGACCUUGACCGGCUUUGGAGGAAUUGGAGGAAUCGCAGGAAGUCUUGUUUUCCGCACGCAGGAUAAACCAUCAUACACCCCUGGAAUCAUUGCUACAAUGGCUGCUUGCGCCUGCGUCGCCAUCACAAUUUGCCUCAUGACUGUGUACUUCAAGUGGCAAAAUGCCAAAGCAGAUAGAGGGGAAAAGAUCCUCGUCGACGACCCAGACUUCAGAUACACUCUGUAA